AUGUGUCACCCACCACAAGCGAUGAAAGGGCCACACCAACAACCGACAAGGUACGUAGGCAAAGACCAGAGUCCAGACGCGGGCUCACCACACACCCACACGCCCCCCCAAUCGCGCAGGAAACCCGGCCCAGGUCUGGACAAGCUGCAUCACCUCCAGGACGACCAUCGCCAACUGAACGGCCAGCCACCUCUGCCGACCGACGGGACUCGCACCACCACCAGCGGCGGCAGCGGUAGGAGCAGCACCACCACCACCAGCAUUGAGACCGGGGACAGAGGGGAUAGAGGGCACAGUGGUCACAGGCAACCCUCUGAGACGAGCUUGGCGGCUGAUCCUAGUAACGCGCCUCUCGAGGCUGCUCUACAUGAGGGCUCGACAUUGCCUCCUCACAACGUCCAGAACGGAACGCGAAGCAGCAGCGGCUCGCGGUCGUCCCCUUCUCUGUCAAUGUCCAACACCCAGCCGCCGCCUGGCUCGCAUCGCCAGCCGGUCAGCUACCCGAGUCCGACAUCCUUCCCCUCGCCGGGCAUGCCUCCCACUGCGCAGUACGCAUACCCGCAGCACCCAGGCGCGCAUGCCGACCCCUAUCGAGCGAGCCCAACCGCCGUAAACAGCACAAUGUCCCUCCCAAGCAUGCGAACCAUCGAUCCCCGCCAGCCUCAACCAACCCACAGCAUGGUCAUGGGCAACCACAUGGGUGCCCCGAUGCCAUCAGGGGCGGCACCGAUCUACUACAACAUGCCUCCUCACCCCUAUAACAUGCACCCCGACCCCAACGCGUUGAGAUACGCCCUUCCUCCCAACGUCACAGACCCGCGCAUUGCCCUGAGCGGAGGAAGACACAAGAAGGAAAUCAAGCGACGUACAAAGACAGGCUGUCUGACUUGUCGCAAGCGCAGGAUAAAGUGCGACGAAACACACCCCACGUGCAAUAACUGCAAGAAGUCGAAGCGCGACUGCUUGGGUUACGAUCCCAUCUUCAAGCAGCAACCUGGCCCCGCCAUCCUCCAACCUGCCCCGAAUAGUCAAGGAGCUUCACCGACAACCCUCGUGUCGCCACCCACAGUGCCCUCCUCUACAACACAUCCUUUUCAGCCGCCGAUAGUACCAAGCUCAUACCCUCCGACGGUCCAUUCCAACGCCACAUUUGGGUCCCCAUUGUCAUCGACUGCGAAAUUAGUGAAGAGUGAACCAGGGUAUUCAACCGAGUACCCCACUGCGAUCGAUCCUGCGCUUGGGAGCGUUGAUUCUUCCGCGGCGGGCAACCCAGCACACUACCAAUCAGCACACAAAUUCGCCGAAGGCGCAAGCCUGGGAAACCAGAAAUCGGGGGUUCAUACCGGGCUGAGAGGUUUACCAGCAAAGAAGAUGAGAAUUGAUGAGCUCGUUGCCCUUGGGGGCGGGCCACCUCCCCCCCUAAGCUCGCCGCCAAGUGCCGAGACCGUCAACGAACUCAUUCUCCUCUAUUUCGAAGUCUAUGUUCCCGGCCUCACCAUGUUCUUCGAGAGCAGCUGGUACGAUCUGAAGGACCAGCAGCCGUCGACGAGCAAUGCGAGCAAUUCCCUGGCUGUCAUACGAGAGAACAGGGCCGUUGUGGAUCUCUUUACCUCGUUCCUCCAAACAGUCGCCGCCAUCAAAACUACCGACCCGGCCGAUAUGGUGUACUCGGGGCACCUGGAAACCUCUCUGGUGUGGUCACUGGCGAGCCUUCCCUACUCCCCUCUUCCGAGCAGCUCCCACCUGUUGCCAGGCGGGGACGACGCGGCAGAGCUGCGCAACCGCCUUACGGUAUUCGAGGCACUCCUUUCUGGCGAGACCUUGCAGAGUAACCCGCUGCUUGCACCACCGCCGGCCGUGUCGGGCGACAAGAAUUUCAACCAAGUUCGUGCGAACGAGCUAGACUUUUGGUAUCACCUGGGCCAGUACGUCCAGCAAACGCACAGUUCCGCAUCCCCCGCCGAUGCCGGUGCGAGAGAACACUGCUUGUCCCGCAUCCGCUCUGUCCUGGAUGGACGCGAAAACCGGGACGUGCUGUACAGUAUUGCCGUCUUGCGAGAAUAUGCGCCCCGGUUCGACGCCAUCAUCAAUGAGCAAACCGUGCCUGCACAUCUGGACGAGAUGGAUCCCCGCAGCAAGCUGGCCGUGGCAACAAGGUUCAUUCGCGACGAGGCAGCCAGCACAGGGGGCACCACAAACGUGGUUCGGCGGUUCGCAGAUCUAGCCUACCGUGCCUUCGUUCGGCCCGGUGUCAAUGUGAAUAGGAGCGCCGGGAGAGGCCAAUGA